AUGAUAAGAAUGUUAAUGAAGAGGUGUUUCACUGUCCAAUUAAAAGAUUUAGAGGAGACAGCAAAAGUGAUUAGAUUGAAUAAACAAAAUAAGAAAGCUGAAACGGAAUAAUUUACCCCAAUUCCAACAUCCCCUGUUCUUGGCCCAAUAAAAAUAGAGGAUCCUAAAGUUUCCAAUAAGACAUAUAGAUGGUGCGCAUGUGGAUUAAGUUAGAAAUAACCUUUAUGUGAUGGCUCUCAUUAAGGAACAUCAUUUAAGCCAUAUAGAUUUACAUUAGAAUAAGAAACAGAUUCAUUAGAAUUAUGUGGGUGCAAAUUAACAAAAAGUGUGCCAUUUUGCGAUGGAUAAACCUGUGUGAAUCUUAGGAAAUAAUCUGGUUAACCGUGAGUUUUAUAUUAAAUUUAUGAAUAUUUAAUAUUGCUUU